AUGGAUGUGUUUGGAGCUUUCCAACUCUGCUCGAUAGGCAUCCUGGCUGCACCAGUGACGGUCAGGUUAUCCCAAACAUACUUCAAUGUUACCGGGCGGAAUCUGAUCUUCUUGUGGACUGGCCUCAUUCUCGCAGGGCUCCUGAGCUUGACAGUGGAGUUCUUCAGAAGUGAUGCCUCCGACUGCCAGCACGAUGAGUCUGGUAGACCAAUCUCUCCCAAUCCCAAAAGAUUCCAGUACAACACCAACUGUGGCCUCAGAUGCACGGUUGAGCUUGGGCCGCACUCUCCCUUGCGAGGCGGCUCGGCGAAUAAUAUCUACGUGAUACCUACUCCGGACAAGCUCACCUUUGGGACGGCGACUCUCCUUGCAGCCGCCUGCUGCAUCCCCGCCAUUCUUUCAAUCAUAUCCAUGUGGAAGGAGAUUCUGGAGAUCAAUUGGGAGACACGUUUUGGGAAAGCAAAGGAUGACCGUUCUCAGGAGCCGAUCGCCGGUACAAACGGUGCCACGAUUGAGAAGAUGAGGGCGAUUACCGGUAGGAUCAGUCUGUUUUUGUGGGCUGUGCAAAUACCUUUGAUCGGCGCUGCAGUUCUCGCCAUUCUCGUCAUAGGCGAGAGGAACUUCUUCAGUGCUCAAGUUUCUCAUCAAACAGAGCCUAUUGCCAGUAUAGGCCAAUGGGCUCCCAUUGCCGGCACAAUACUCGCUGUUCUGGGGUCGUUGUAUGUGCUCCUCGACAAAAUGCUGGAAGGCUCCAAGGGUGACAUGACCACGAAGCCCUGUACCAAACGCUGCACCUGUUCGGCGCAGGGAAGCAGUCAAGGCUUGCUGCGAGUCCCGUCGCAGAACACUGUCCCAGCGGGUGCUACAGCUUUGCAAGAUAGCCUGUCGGACGGCCAGCCAAACAACUCGAUGGAUAAGGAGCUCGCCUCCAGUGCAUUUGCCUCAGACCAAGAUCCGCAAAACGAUCCACCUCCUAGGACGGAUGCGGGCAGUAGGCGAAAGGUCGCUGACGCGUUGGCCUCGAUCGCCCGCUACAUGGGCACUCCCGCACAUUACCGUUUCGAUGAUUCUCAGUUCAAGAAUGGAGUAGCAGGAGACUAUCCCUGGAUCCCGGCAGAGCCAGAAAGAAACAUCAAUUACUGGGGAAUUGAAAAGCACUGUAACCAGGGUCGAGAAGGGGAGGGAAGCGUCUCCCCCAUGCUUCGUGCACGGUCUUCAAGAGCAGGGAGCCUGACUGGCAGCGUUGCGUCCGGAGUUGGUCUCAAAGCAGGCUCGAUGGGCUCGCCGCAGUCGCCAAAUUCAUUGUUACCCUCUUCAUCAUCGAACCCAUCUGCAGAUGCGACAACACAACGGGUCAGAUCUCAGACUGGACGAACCAUGUCCGAACCAGAGGCUCGCUCUGGAUCUCCGUGUCCCCCUUCGCUUGUGACUCGAUUCCAGGAGCGACCGGCUACGCUUCAGAUACCGCCGCGGGUCUACCACAGCCCUACACGGGAGAACAGAUCACUGCCAGAAGGCCAAGCUUCUCCUACGAUCGUGAUCUCUCCCUCCUCCGAUGGGCCGGCCGCGGGAGAUGCGACUUUUGGCGAACCACCAUUACCCCCAUGA